AUUUUGCAGGCCCUGCCCCCCAAAGAGGAAUCUUUCUGCUCUGGUGGCUCAAGGGGCCCCCAAAGGGAGCCAGAACUAGUGGCUCCGGGGUGGAGAAACGUUCCUCCUCGCACGAUGUGGGCGGUCGCCCGCGUUUACGUCAGCCAAGCCUGCCGAGCUGGAAGUCGGAGAUCUUCGUUGAGGUGCUUCUCGACCAAGGAAUUGAUCACCGUCACGGAUGUGAGGAAGGGCAUGAUUCUCAGGUUUGACGACAAGUUCGGGCAGGUCACCGACUGGCAACCCCACAAGCAGGGGCGCGGAGCGGCGGCCUACAACGUGACCUAUGACGAGCUGGACACUGGGAAAGAGAGGGUGCAGAAGUUUGGCAGUGGAGCCAAGUUGACCAAGAUUGAACCAGAUAGACAAGAGUGCCAGGUGAUGUAUGUGCGUGGCUCGGGGCCUGAAGAGAAGAUCGUCGUCCUGGCGGACGAGGAGUACAACGAGAUCGAGAUCCCUUUGGCCCGCUUCGUGGGUCAUUCCACGGUGGCUGAGGGCGCCACAUGCAUUGUCUACAGGGCCGAGGAGGAGAUUGUAAAGAUUGCAGUGAAGCCAUAGACUCAUAGACCUCUUCAGUCUGGAUCUUGGAGGUUUUUGGUUGGUCUCGAAAUUGUGAAGUUCUUGAAACCAAUCCUUGUUAUAGCAUCUCAUGGUAACCAGAGUUCCAAGCCAGCG